AUGAUGAAUACAACAAUUUCCUGGAUAUCACCAAUAAAAGUAACAUUGGAUGAUGAAAUGAUAAGACAAUUCCUCAAUAAUUUGAAUAAUCCUUCCUCAUUUCAUCCGAGAUCAAUAAAAAGGGGUUGUUAUAUUAAUGCAGGAUUAGCACAUGGAUGUGACUUGGCAAACAUGAUGCAAGAUAAAUUUGACUACAAUAAAUUUCAAAGCUUUGCCGGACCAGGAAAAUAA